AUGUCAGACACCGAAGAACCUUCGCAACAACCGACCCCUUCAAAGACACCCAAAAGGCCCCAGGCACCAGAACGGACAGACUCCGAUCAGUCAGUGGAUGACCCGGGCUACCAAUCCGGCCGAUCACGAUCGCAGUCACGCCGAAGACGUCGACAGAAUCAGCGCCAGAGAGCACAGCAACAGCAGCAACAGCAACAGCAGCUGCAAAGGCAGGAUGGUGGUUCAGGUAGAGGUGCCCAGGCGCAAUCAAUGGCCAAGAUAGAUGAAGAGCAGGGAAAUGAGGCGGAAAGCCAGGCGCAGAAUACUAUGCAAAUGUUCGAGAGGAUAGGCCCAGACUCAACCUCCAUGGAUGGUCCCGUAACCUACGCGCGUGCCAUGCGCGGCGAAAUCCCCAUGCGGCCUGGAAACCCCAACCAAGCUCUCGGCACAGCUAACCAAUCCGUCGAUGCCAAAUCUGGCGGCAAAAACAUCAUGGAUGAAGAAGGGUUGAAGUUGAGGUUGGAGUUGAACCUAGACAUUGAGAUCGAGCUCAAGGCCAGUAUCCAUGGUGAUCUGACACUGGCGCUUUUGGCUUGA